UCCACGUUCUUUUGCGAUUUCGACUCGGACAUCUACCUCCUCCUUCCCCGAGUUGAACACGGUGCCGCCCUUCACCUGAAGAUGGUGUUGGACGUUUAAAAAAUGACGGUGGAGUGUGAGGAGAGGGCGAUGACAACUUAUGUCGCAUGUCUGCACUGCCCGUCACAUUCGUGAGUCGAGAGGAAACAACGUGCGAGUACACAACGGUGAGCCCAGUCACACGUUUUGCCAUGACACUACUUACCCCUGAAGGCCUCUUGGCUACGGUUACGGCAUGGUGCGGUAGCUGGCCGGUAAUUUUUGCUCUUGUGGCAAUCACUGUCGGUGGACUUCUCAGAGUGAAGGGUCUCACUUCAAGCGCGAGACAGAAGCGCAAGCGGUUGCCGCCAGGUCCGAAAGGCGUGCCGCUGCUGGGAUACCUCCCAUUCAUAUGGAAGCCAUACCACGUAGCUUUUAAGGAGAUCUCUGAGAAGUACUGGUCCGAUCAUCAGGCUUCAGCUUGGAAUCAAGGAUGUUGUGGUGCUUAACGACGUUGCAACCGUUCGAGAGGCUCUCUCGAAUCCUGACCUACUGUACCGACCAGACGAUUUCAUGUUUAGGUAUCUUGAGGGUGACAGGUAC